GACGUUUCACCAAGAUGCAACUUAUGAUUAGGUUAUACCAAAUAACUUCUAUGAUUGACUAGUAGCUUAUUAAUGAAAGAAAUAUCAUGUGAAUAAAUAAUGUAUGAGUCAAAUAUAUGUUUUAUUCAGGAUAAAUUGUAAACAAAACAUUUACGAAUAUCUACGGUAAAUGAUAAAUAUUUCGAAAAAUUAUAGUUCGGACUGUAAGACAUCGUACAUAUGCUGAUAAUUUGUUACCGCCGAACGUCUUACUGUAAAAACGACAGUAUUUGCUAGUAUAUGAAAUUUUAGAAGGAAAAUUAUAAUUGAAACAUCUAUUAUUCCUUCCAACAUUUGUCGUGUUAUACAUAUCCCUUUGAUAAUAAUAAUAUUUCAGGUACAAAAUGCAGCAGUUUGUGUUUGGCGUGUGGGACUACGUCAUAAUGGCGGCUACAAUGAUAGCUUCCAUAGCCAUUGGACUCUACUUCCGAUUCAGUGGAGGCAAACAGAAAACAAAUGAGGAAUACCUCAUGGCUAACCGAAACAUGUCGAUCUUACCCGUGGCUGUGUCUUUGAUGGCUUCAUUCAUGUCGGCCAUCACGCUCUUGGGAGUAUCAGCGGAAAAUUAUUACUACGGAAUGCAAUUCGUCGUCAUAAACAUUUCCUAUGGCAUUGCCACACCGAUCAUCAGCCGAUUAUACCUGCCAGUGUUCUUCGGACUACAAAAGACGAGUACAUAUGAGUACUUGGAACUUCGGUUUGGGCCGCAAAUCCGAAUGUUGGCCUCACUGACUUAUACUUUCCAGAUGGUAUUAUACAAUGGAAUAGUGUUGUAUGCACCAGCGAUUGUUCUAGAAUCAGUGACUGGACUGGACCGACUCAUUUCUAUUCUAGUCGUUGGAUUAGUUUGUACAUUCUAUUCCACUCUGGGUGGAAUGAAAGCAGUAUUAUUUACAGAUCUCCUUCAAUCCUUACUUAUGUUUGUUGCUGUGUUUAGUGUUGUUGUAUUUAGCGCGAUGCAAGUUGGAGGUUUCGGUCAAAUAUUUGUGCUUGCUGCCGAAGGCGGACGAUUGGAUAUGUUUAAUUUCAGUAUAGAUCCAACAGAACGGAACACUUGGUGGUCUCUUACAUUUGGCGGCUUAUUAACCUACCUAUCAUUAUACGCUGUAAACCAUACGCAGGUACAACGAUUGCUAACAGUGAGCACAUUGGACCGUUCCCGACAAUGUCUGUGGUGGAGUUGGCCCGUACUCUCUGUGCUCAGUAUAGUUACGUGCAUCAGUGGCAUCGGGAUAUACGCCGCUUUCAAGGACUGCGAUCCGCUCACAUACCAUGGAAUUACUUCGAUGGAUCAAUUAAUGCCAUAUUACGUGGUAAGUGCUAUGAGGUCGGCACCGGGGCUUCCAGGGUUAUUUGUGGCUGGAAUUUUCAGUGCUUCGUUGUCUACUGUAUCGGCUUCUUGCAACGCGUUAGCUGCCGUCACGCUUACUGACUACCUGAGCAGAUGGUGCGUUAUACCUUCCUCGUAUAUACCAUGGUUGACGAAGCUAGCCGCUUGCGCCUAUGGUUUAAUAUUUCUGGCUCUCGCCUUUAUGGCUGAAUAUUUGGGAGGAGUGCUUCAAGCCGCUUUUACGAUAUUUGGUGCAGUUGGAGGUCCACUAUUCGGGGUAUUCACGCUUGGAAUGUUUACGACUUUCGCCAAUGAAAGGGGUACUUCCAUUGCUCUUUUGAGUGGCAUGGCGUUAACUUUGUGGAUCAGUUUUGGUGGGCCUCGUCCACCCCCUGUCAAGUUACCUCUGAGCUUGGAAGCUUGUCCAUUUAAUGUCACUGCCCCAGUGCCGGCAGCAUUAAAAACUGUUGACUACUUCUAUCCAUACAGAAUAUCGUACUUGUGGACUAGCCCGAUCGGCUUCGUGUGGGUGCUAGCUGUGGGGUCCAUAAUAUCGUUGUUAUGGCGCCAGCAACACCCGUGGGAGCGAGCUAUGAAACCGCAUCCCGACCCUGCUCUCUUCACUCCGCCUUUAGCUAAAAGGCUGAGAGCUAAGUAUGGAGACAAAGCAGAAGUGCAGUGUGAGCUAUUGAAGAAAAACGACGUGCAAGAACUUCAUUAAAGGUGCUACUUAAUUUAAUGUAUGUGUUAAUAUGUAACAGUUUUAUAAAAACUAUUAUUUAUAAGUAGAAUUACAUGUAUCUCGAGGUAAAAAUUGACAAUACUAAAUGUUUUACUUGUUGUUGACCGAUGUAUUUUACAAAUGUCUCAUAUCUUAGUCUUGCG